AUGGCUCGGCUCCCUAUUGGCAUUCGUUUCCUUGUCUCAUUCUCAAGAGAUCAAUGGUUCAGAGCCUUCAUCUUUUUUUUGACAUUUUUGCUGUAUGCAAGUUUUCACUUAUCUAGAAAGCCUAUCAGCAUUGUUAAGGGUGAGCUCCACAAGGACUGUGUCACCGUGACCGAGCAUGAAGUCCAGCUCAACAGUCCAAGCAAACAAGCUGGUUACCUACUCUCUUCACAAGGACCCAACAAUGGGACCGACUGUGGCUGGGCGCCGUUUGACAAGGACAACUAUCAGCAGCUGCUUGGGGCCCUGGAUUACGCCUUCCUUUGUGCGUACGCCAUCGGCAUGUACCUGAGCGGCAUCAUAGGGGAACGCCUGCCAAUUCGGUAUUACCUGACCUUUGGGAUGCUCGCCAGCGGAGCCUUCACGGCCUUGUUUGGGUUGGGCUAUUUCUACAAUAUUCACAGUUUUGGAUUCUACGUGGUGACUCAGAUCAUCAAUGGUCUGGUGCAGACCACCGGCUGGCCCAGUGUGGUCGCCUGCCUUGGGAAUUGGUUUGGCAAAGGAAGGCGAGGUUUGAUUAUGGGCAUCUGGAAUUCCCACACCUCUGUGGGCAACAUUCUGGGGUCCUUAAUUGCUGGCUAUUGGGUGUCCACCUGCUGGGGCCUGUCCUUUGUCGUGCCGGGGGCCAUCGUGGCAGCCAUGGGGAUAGUGUGCUUUCUCUUCCUCAUUGAACAUCCUAAAGACAUCAAGUGCUCUUCCUCGCUGUCAGCGCAUUCCAAAGCCUGUGAGAACGGUACAAAAUGGUUUAGACUCCCGAAGCAGAUCCUAAACAACGACAAGAACAAGCCUCUGGACCCAGAGACACAGUGCUUGAUGCUGUCAGAUGGGAGAGGCUCCGUCCAUCCCAACCAUUUCAUCAUCCUCCCUGCCGAAGGUGGGAAUGCCAUGGCGGCCAUCAGCUUCACAGGCGCCUUGAGAAUCCCAGGUGUAGUCGAGUUCUCUCUCUGUCUGCUGUUUGCCAAGUUGGUCAGCUACACUUUCCUGUUUUGGCUCCCACUAUACAUUACGAAUGUGGAUCACCUCGAUGCGCAGAAAGCGGGCGAGCUCUCCACUUUGUUUGAUGUGGGUGGAAUCUUUGGUGGGAUCCUGGCUGGCCUGGUCUCAGACCGCCUAGGGAAGAGGGCUUCCACCUGUGGAGUGAUGCUGCUGCUCGCGGCCCCGACGCUCUACAUAUUCUCCACCAUCAGUAAAAUGGGUGUGGAAGCCACUAUAGCGAUGCUGCUGCUCAGCGGGGUGCUGGUGAGUGGACCGUACGCACUGAUCACCACCGCCGUCUCUGCUGACCUGGGGACACAUAAGAGUCUGAAAGGAAACGCCCAUGCCCUCGCCACCGUGACCGCCAUCAUCGAUGGAACUGGGUCUGUAGGAGCAGCCUUAGGACCUUUGCUGGCUGGGCUCAUAUCCCCCUCUGGAUGGAACAAUGUAUUUUACAUGUUGAUGUUUGCAGAUGCUUGUGCCUUAUUGUGCCUGAUCCGCCUCAUCCACAAGGAGCUGAGCUGCGGGGGGACUCCCACGGGGGACCAAGUUCCGUUGCCAGAGGCCUUCCAGGUGGGACCUUUCACGGUGGGCAGCUCAGGUGUAGAGGCCCAGCUUCCCAGCCUGCCUCCUGGGCUGGUGCUAAGAUCCCACACCUUCCCCUUUCCCUCCCUGCUGAAUUCUGGGCUGCUCCAGGCACCAGUGCUCUAG